ACCAUUUUACAACGGCGGGCAUUCAUCCUUCUGAUAAACCCCGUGACACCCACGGAUAGUGGAUCUUACCGCUGCACGGUGUUAGUCAAUGGAAAGACGCAUUCAAAAGAAAUCGAACUGAACGUACUUGUUCCACCAAAGAUAGUCAAGGCACCAGCCUCGACCCUAAAGUUGGUAGAGGGUGAUACACUGCAGCUCUCUUGUGUAGCGGAAGGCAAUCCACGACCAACUGUGACCUGGUUGAUUCAGCCCUUCAAUCGAAACCUGUUGCCGUUAAUUGGCAGGACCAUGCUUCCGGCGCGACGGGUGCUGGAGCUGCUCGAACUAAUUCCACCUGAGAUCGACAUGCUGAACCCAUUGAUCAAACAGUCAUUGGCCCGUGAUACAGUUCUUCAGUGUACAGCAAACGCCAAUCCAUUAGGCAAUAUAAUUUGGAGUUUUGGUGUCAACAAGCAACGGAUCAACGCUUCUACCUGUAGUAUUUUGACGGACAAGAAGGAAAAGUACUGUUUAAUUGAAUCUCGUCCCCGACCAGAGGAGCCAUUCUCUGUGCUAGUGUCCAAAUUGCAUGUGUUUAACCUCGCGGAAGAGGACUUUGGCGAGUACUUUUGCUCCAUGUCAACAAUGAUGGGCAGGGCAUCCGCAAAAACCCUCUUAGAGCGUAAGUUCCUUAAAUGCACCUUAGAGCUUUCACUUUAA